UAUCUCAGUCCCAGAUCAGGAGGAGGAGCCUCGGUGGAGGAAGUAGCUCCAAAGCUUGGCUGUGUGUGCGUGUGUGUCAUAGGUGUGUGUAUCUGUGUGGAGCACUUCGAUAGUGAGUGUCGCUAACCACUGGAUUGUUAAAACGACAAGCAAAAGACAUCCUCGGGAGGAAACCACUCACGGACUCGCUCUCUAGGAUUAGUUUGUGUAUUUCUCCCACCAUCGGUACAGGUUAAAGCCGUGCAACCGGUCCAGAAGCGAGCAUUAUGCAUUCAGAUUGCAGGCUGCUAUGGGCAGAGCGGUAAUGGUGGGCAGGGGACCGACAGGGGCCGGGGUUCUCGUCCUGUCGAUUCUCAUCAUUCUCACCACGGAAGGCUGUCGAGCGCAGAAAGGUGAUGGCUGUGGCCCCAGUGUACUUGGCCCCAGCAGUGGGACUCUGUCAUCUCUGGGUUACCCGGGGACAUACCCGAACAACACAGUGUGUGAAUGGGAGAUCAGCGUGCUCCAUGGCAACAGGGUCCACUUUCACUUUGCUGAGCUGGACAUAGAAGACAGCGACUGCCAGGUCAACUACCUCCGCCUCUACAAUGGCAUUGGACCCGAGAGGAGUGAGAUUGAGAAGUACUGCGGUUUGGGUCUGAAGGUAAAGGAGCUGAUUGAGUCCACUGGCAACCAGGUCACUGUCCAGUUCAUGAGUGGGACCCACCACACCGGACGUGGAUUCUACCUGUCCUACUCCACCACCGAACACACAGAUGUUCCUACAUGUCUAAGUGAUGGUGAAAAUCUUGCAUCAUCUGAGUUUUGUAAAUACUGUCCAGCAGGCUGCUUGACAUCUACCGAGGAGAUUUCUGGAACUAUACCUAAUGGAUACAGAGAGUCCUCUCCUUUGUGUGUGGCAGCCAUCCAUGCAGGUGUGGUGUCUAACGCUGUGGGAGGGAGGAUCAGUGUGGUCAGCAGCAAAGGCAUCCCUCACUACGAGGCCACGCUGGCUAACAAUGUCACUUCCACUGGAGGAACUUUGUCAAACAGCCUCUUCACUUUCAAGACCAAUGGCUGCUAUGGAACGCUUGGUUUAGAGUCUGGCAGCGUAGCGGAUACUCAGCUGUCUGCUUCGUCUGUGUGGGAGUGGAACAACAUUGGUCAGUGGGCGCCAUCAGGGGCACGCCUUAAAAAGGCGGGGCUGCCCUGGGCAUCUUCUCAGAAUGACCAGCAGCAGUGGCUGCAGGUCGAUCUCAAGAGGGAGAAGAGAAUCACAGGUAUCACCACCACCGGCUCCACCCAACGAGAAUACCAGUACUAUGUUACAGCAUACCGGGUCAUGCACAGUAAUGAUGGCAAGCAGUGGCACAUCUACAGGGAAGCAAAUUCUACACAAGACAAGAUUUUCCAAGGCAACACCAACUACCUGCAUGAGGUGAGGAAUAACUUCAUUCCCCCAAUUAUGGCCCGGUAUGUGAGAAUAAAUCCAACCCUGUGGCACCAGAGAAUUGCUCUUAAAUUGGAGUUGCUUGGCUGCCAAAUUACUGCAGGUUGGCCAAAACCAGAUCCGAGGUCAAGGAUGUUACCCACCUCUCGUCGUACUCCACCUCCUGUGGGUACUAAACGCCCCCCUCACCUUGGCCAAACCACACACACCCCAGACAUCAGAAACACCACCAUGCCUCCUCACACUGGCAAAGAUGUUGCGAUUGCAGCAGUUCUGGUGCCUGUUUUGGUCAUGGUUCUGACUGCUCUCAUCUUGAUUGUGGUUUGUGCUUGGCACUGGAGGAACAGGAAAAAAAGUUCUGAAGGAACAUAUGAUCUCCCUCACUGGGACCGCACAGACUGGUGGAAAAGCAUGAAGCAGCUGUUGCCCUCCAAGAUGGUAGAGACCGAGGAUUCAGUGCGGUACAGCAGCAGUGAGGUGGGCCGGCUAACGGGAAGAGGUGCUGUACCCAGGCUACAUGCUGAACCUGCAGAAUAUGCUCAGCCCCUGGUGAGUGGUGUUACGACAUUAGGUGCCCGGUCAACCUUUAAACCAGACGAGGGGCCCGACCCAGGAUACUCAGAUCCUGACCUGUACGACGCUCCCAUCUCACCAGACGUGUACCACGCUUAUGCAGAACCCUUACCAGCCUCAGGAUCUGAAUACGCCACACCCAUAGUGGUUGAUAUGGGAUGCCACCCAUCAGGGGGCUCCUCUUUGAACCAGCCCUCCACGGUGUGUAGUUUCAUGGGUGCCGGGCCUGCUUCCCUGCUCACGCGGAGAGACAGUAGCCAUUCAGGGAGGACGGCUUAUGAUACACCCAAGAAUGCCACUGGACAGGUCACACCCACUGAGGAUCUGACCUAUCAGGUACCUCAGAGUAGCACUCAGAAGCCAACGGGAAAGAGCUGAAGAGCCUGGAUGCACACAGCCUUAAUCUGCCCCAACCCAACCCAACGGACAAAGAAAAAGGGUUCUUAACGGAGGAGGAGGUGUGAACCUGUGAGCCCUGGAGCUUGGGCUCCAGUCUUGAAUGAACACUACCUUAGCUUUAGAUUCAUCUGGAGAUGUCUGUAUUGCCUAAACGAUUCUGCAUGGCCACAAUCUGCUUGUGUAGUGCCAUCACAGUCCUAUCACUGAAACCACAUAGAUGAAUGUGUUCACACCAGGUGUGAGAGGCAGGAGGUGGAGGGAUGAUUGACGGAGGGAGGAUGAAAAGGAGAAAACUGACUACUAAUUGAUAAAGACUUUGUCCUUGUUCUCUGAUCCUUAGUAGUUCUUGCAUUUUGUUAAACUGUGAUUUCUAUUAUUUUCCUGUUACAUACUGAACCAACUGAAAUGUACCUGAGGAUAUACAUUCAUCAACUUUAAAGGGUUCUCUUAUGGAUGAAGUGCAUGUUGCAUUAAGUACCCCACAUCCACAGUCAAUUAAUUCCUCCUUUCUAGAGAAACUCUAGUUUUCCAUGGUACGUUUUUGUCUUACUUUGUAUAAAAAGCAUGACUUGAAAUUGUGUAUAGUUCUAGUAAUCCCAUUACUGCAAACCUCUCAGAUGAUUUAUUGAUAUUUAUUUUUAUUUCACAUCCUGCUGAUGAGGAGAAACUCUUAUUGAAACUAGCCUACCACUACCCUUACUGAUUACACAUCAAAUAAUUGUGGUUGCACUGUUCUGGACAUCUUAAUGACAAUAAGUAGUUUUUGUUUUUAACCUUGUAAGUGAUGUUGUAUGUUAACUUGAAAAGGCUGAUCGGGAAGAUCAAUCCAUUGAACUUCACAAAGAGAAGAUACUUUUUGUAAUAUUGAAGACCAAAUGUUGCCUCUUUGUUAGUGUAAUGUUAAUUCACAACAGAAGCAAAUAUCACAAUUGUGACAAUAGCAAAAGUUUAGCCAAAUAAACAUUAAAGCAGUCUUAAUGUAGGAAAUAAAAAAAAAGGUACAGAGAAGAGGUAAAUUGGUUAAUCUGUUACAGCUGAUUAUUUCAUAGUUUUGUCCUUAAAAUUUAGAUGUUACGCGUGCAUCAUGGUUAUUGUCUUGUGUUUAAUGGGUGUUAACUGCAUUUGAGUGUUCCUUUCUUGUAUCAAUGUGCAUCAACAUCUGUAUGUGUAGUAAGCCGUUUCGAUAUUUCAGUCCUGUGUGUUUUAGUUUAGUUUUUCGGACUGGUUUUGAUGCGGCUUAUAGUUGUAUUAUAUGAUGAGGAUGUGUUCAGUCAUUAUCUGGAGCACCAGUUAGACUGCAUUCCACUCCUGUCCCACCUGUGGUACUAAUCUGACCAAACACACUGCUACGCUGUGGCAGGAGUGCAGAUGGAACAAGCUGCUUUAUAACUUUGCAGAAUAGCAACCUCACCUGGUUGGAGGUGUUUGUCACACAGCUGUGCCACCGAUUGUGCUCCAUAACCAAGGAGAUCUACAUCAGAGUUUUGGUGCUCCCUGGUCAGAGAGGGAUUGUGUUUAUGUGGCUCUCACUGAUUGUAUAUAGAGAAAUAAAGAGUUUUUAAA